AUGGCGAAAGAAACACCUAUAAUAGCGCCAACACUCCAAGUGCUCGACCAAUCCAUGGGCCAUGCCUUUGCGAUACCGUCAAAACGUAUCCACCAUGGCGACGACGUCUCAUUCUUCCUGGCCAGCAGAGCCUACGCAGAUAUCAUGAUCUUCAUCUUCCAGCUCAACACAUCUAUGAUACCGCGCAGAGUCUCUGAGUCAGAUGGCGAUGCAGAGACGGCCAAGGUGUGGAGGCUCGACGACCCAAAUGUCCCACACCCACCUGUGACCGAGAAUCUUGCCAAGCUUCUCAACACCCUGACUGCCAUAAUCGACGAGGCGCCACCAGAUACUGGGCCCCGCCGGUUUGGCAACGCAAGCUUCAGAAGAUGGUGCGACAUCAUGUUUGGGCGUAUCCCUGAACUACUUGAACAAUACCUACCGGCUCAUGUGCUGGCCUACAAGUCCACCUCUGAUGUGACGGCCAAAGGCGAACUCGAGGCCUAUCUAAUUGGCGCUUUUGGUAGUCCGCAGCGUCUUGACUACGGCACAGGUCACGAGCUGAGUUUCCUUGCAUUUCUAGGCUGCCUGUGGAAACUCGGUGCGUUCCCGCGUUCGCACGACGGUGAUCAAGAGCGUGGCAUAGUGUUGAGAAUCAUCGAACCUUAUCUUGCGCUCAUUCGACGUCUAAUCCUCACAUAUACGCUCGAGCCCGCAGGCUCACAUGGCGUUUGGGGUCUGGAUGAUCACUCGUUCCUCCCCUACAUUUUUGGCAGUGCACAAUACUCUCCAGCAAUCACCACGCCGGCCGACGUAGUAACAGAGGGCUCGUUGCCCUGUGCCCCCAACCCAUCAGAUGUUGCCAAAGCCGCAACCGUGCAACGAGAAAGGCGGAACAAUAUGUACUUCAGCGCCAUUGGCUUCAUCUACGAUGUCAAGAAAGGCCCGUUUUGGGAGCACAGUCCAAUCCUGUUCGACAUCUCUGGCGUCAAGGCAGGUUGGGCCAAGAUCAACAAAGGUAUGAUCAAAAUGUACAAUGUGGAAGUUCUAUCAAAAUUUCCCGUAAUCCAGCAUUUCCCUUUUGGUUCGUUGUUCGCGUGGGAACAGGACCCGAACGCGAAAGCUAUCCAGGCCAGUGUGCAUACAUCGAACCAGCCGAAAGCAAUGACACCUUCGUCGACCGCACAAGCCUCUCGCCCACAACCUGCUCUUCGGAAUCCUUCAGCGGAUCGACCUACAGUUUGGACCUUAAGAGCCCAGCAGGGAUUGCGGGAUCCCAAGGGUGGUCAAUCGAUGACGGCUCCUCUCAGUCCAAGGGCCAUGCCAGAUACAUUGGCCCCAGAGGCUAAUGAUCGGACUACCAGAGCGCCUUGGACGUCGAGUGGAUCAGUACCGACUCCAGCAAACAGUCUUGAUCAACCUAUGAGGGUUCCCUGGGCUUCGAAUCUGCGUGGUCCGCCCGGGCCGGGAGCACGCACAGAGAAACCGUGGGCAAAGAGUCAAGCUGCAGCAACAGCAAGUGCUCCAUCGGACCCAGAGUCGAGCACGCGGGCACCCUGGGAAAAGUAG